AGAGCAUAGACCAAAGAAAGACCAGGAUAAAACGACAAAAAAUGUCCUAAAAGCCCCAAUCAAUCGCUAACAAUAUUCCCAUUUACUACUUUCACAGUCAGCAACCCCAAACCCAGCAAGCUAGAGCUGCAACAAUGGCAGAUGUAGCAGUGAAGUUUUUAGUAGAAAAUUUGAUGCAACUAUUAAUUGACAACGCCGAUUUGAUUCUUGGAAUAAAGGGAGAAGUUGAAAAUCUACUCCGAGAUCUCAAUGAUUUCAAUGCUUUCCUCAAGCAAGCUGCUAAAUCCCGCAAAGAAAAUGAGGUUUUGAAAGAAAUGGUGAAGAAAAUCAGGAAAGUGGUGAAUGAUGCUGAGGAUUCAAUUGAUAAAUUUGUGAUUGAAGCUAAGAGGCAUGAUGAUAAAAACAAAUUUGCUCAAUGGUUUCAUCUUACUCAUGUGGCUAGAGCAAAAGGGGUGGCUGAUGAGAUCAAAAGUAUAAGGGAAAGAGUAAAGGAAAUUAGAGAGAAUGACGCUUAUGGCCUUCAAGCUAUAGCUUUAGAUGAUAAUCCCAACAAAGGUGAUGAGGAGAGGAAGUCCCCUGUAGUCGAGGAAGACGAUGUGGUAGGUUUUGAUGAGGAAGCACAGAUUGUAAUUGAUCGUCUCAUCGGAGGAUCAGAUUAUGUUGAGGUUGUGCCAGUUGUUGGUAUGCCUGGUCUUGGAAAAACAACUUUGGCAUAUAAGAUUUACAAGGAUCCAAAGGUUGAGUAUGAAUUCUUCACUCGCAUUUGGGUAUAUGUCUCUCAAACGUUCAAGAGAAGGGAAAUAUUUCUCAACAUCAUCAGCAAAUUCACUCGAAGCACCAAUCAAUAUCAUGAUACACCAGAGGACGACUUAGCAAAUGAAGUGAAGGAGCUUCUUGGAAAGGGUGGGAAAUAUCUUAUUGUUUUGGAUGAUGUGUGGACGAUGGAAGCUUGGGAUCGUAUCAAAAUUGCUUUCCCCAAUAAUGGUAAACGGAAUAGAGUGUUGAUGACCACGAGACAAUCAAAUGUGGCUAAACAUUGCAAUGAUAAACCUCAUUAUCUAAAGUUUUUGAGUAAAGAUGAAAGUUGGGAGCUACUUGAGAAGAAGGUUUUUCACAAGGAAAAGUGUCCACCUGAGUUAGAAUUGCCCGGAAAAAGUAUAGCCGAAAAAUGUAUGGGCUUACCUCUUGCAAUAGUGGUUAUCGCCGGAGCUUUGAUAGGCAAAGGAAAGACAACAAGGGAGUGGGAACUGGUGGCUGCCAGUGUGGGUGAGCACCUCAUAAAUCGAGAUCCAGAGAACUGCAAGAAAUUGGUUCAGAUGAGUUAUGACCGUUUGCCUUAUGACCUAAAGGCGUGUUUUUUAUACUGUGGAGCUUUUCCCGGAGGUUCUCAAAUUCCAGCUAGGAAGUUGAUUCGUUUAUGGGUCGCGGAAGGAUUCAUACAAUACCAAGGACCAUUGACUCUAGAGGAUGUAGCAGAGGACCACUUGAAUGAUCUUGUCAAUAGGAACUUAGUGAUGGUAAUGCAAAGGAGUUGCAGUGGUCAAAUCAAAAUGUGUCGCGUUCAUGACAUGUUGCAUGAGUUCUGUAGACAUGAGGCUAUGAUGGAGGAGAACCUUUUUCAAGAAAUCAAACGAGGGCAAGAACGAUCAUUUCCAGAGAAACAAGAGUUAGCCACUUAUCGUCGCUUGUGUAUUCAUUCCUUAGUUCCUGAAUUCUUAUCAACAAAGCCCUCAUGUGAGCAUGUUAGGUCGUUCUUAUGCCUUAGCUCGAAAAAAAUUGACAUGCCUUCAAAUGAAAUACCAGCCAUCCCGAAAGCCUUUCCGUUGCUUAGGGUACUAGAUGCUGAAUCAAUCAAAUUCAAUCGAUUUUCGAGGGAUUUGUUCAAAUUAUUUCAUUUGAGGUACAUUGCUUUCUCAACUGACAAGAUUAAGACCAUUCCUGCGGAUUUUGGGAAUCUUUGGAACGUACAAACACUUAUCGUUGAGACGCAACAGGGUACUCUUGACAUCAAAGCAGACAUUUGGAAUAUGACAAGAUUAAGGCAUGUGUGCACAAACGCCUCUGCUACAUUGCCUUCCACUAAGCGCCCCAAGAGCAGCAAGGACAACUUGGCGAAUCGUUGCCUACAAACACUUUCAACUAUAGCACCUGAAUGUUGCACGGCUGAAGUUUUUACUAGAACUCCUAAUCUCAAGAAACUAGGUGUUCGUGGGAAAAUAGAUGCACUUUUGGAAACCAGCAAGGACGGGUCUGGUUCUGGCUUGUUCAGUAACAUAGGUAAGUUAGCUUGCCUUGAAAAUCUUAAGUUGGUAAACGAUACUCGUCUAAGUAGUAAACCACUACACCUUCCUCCAGCAUACAUUUUCCCUCAGAAGCUAAAAAAGCUCACUUUGGUAGAUACGUGGUUUGAAUGGAAAGAUAUGCCUAUAUUAGGUCUAUUAGAGUACCUUGAGGUGCUGAAGUUGAAAGAAAAUGCGUUUAGGGGACAGACGUGGGAGCAAGAGGACGGUGGUUUUCCUCGUCUGCAGGUCUUAUGGAUUGAAAGGGCGGAUUUAACUUCUUGGAAGGCCUCAUCAGGGAACUUUCCACGACUAAAACACCUCGCUCUUAUAUCAUGUGAGAAACUUGAGGAGCUCCCAGCUGAAUUGGCUGAUGUGAAUAACCUCCAGCUAAUUGAGCUCCAGAGUAGCAGUGAGUCUGCAGCUAGAUCUGCACGAGCGAUACUAAAAAAGAAACAAGAAAAAGAACAGGAGGGCGAUAAAACCAGUGGAUUCAAGCUUUCUAUAUUCCCUCCAGAUCUUGGAUUGUAACGUCAAAGAUUGCUUCGUUUACCCUCGUCAGGGACUUUUGUAAAUUCUGAUUCUGGAUUCACUCUGCAGAGUUUGGAGCUUAAAAGCUACUUAAAUUCAGUCAAUCCAAACGGGCUCUAUGUGUACUGUUGCCUUAUUGAUUGUGACUUCAUUCUUGUAACUUGUUUUGUGCUCUUUCUUUGUUUUUCUCCCUUUCUGAACUGAGUUCUUGAUGUUCAUAGAUGAAUUGAAACACUAUAACAAACAUAAUUCUAUUGUGAUAUUAAUUA